CCCGAUUGAAUGACAGCUGAACUUUGGGUGCAAUGGAGGUGGUGACAAAAAGGCUUAUAAUUUCGGGUCUAACGCCUGAAAUUACUUCCGAUAUGUUGAAGUCUCGGUUUUCAAGUUUCGGAACCGUCCACAGUUUGGAUGGAGUCGGAGCUCUUGAUGGAAACGGUGAUGUGAGGAAGUUUGCCUUUGUGACAUUGGAAGCCCCGAAGCCGAAAAUUGCGAGGUGCGCGACUGUUUUGGCUAGCGCGUACUGGAAAGGAGCUAAGUUGCGUGUUGGCGAAGCUCGACCAGACUAUAAACACAGCAUUCUGUCAGAGAACCAAGCCAUAGGAAUGGGACACCCCCUCGAUGGGUCUGGAAAAGACUCAGGACGGCUUUCUGUUAAGCGACGUGGAAGUGCGAUCGAGCGAAAGGAACUGUUGAAAGCAAAGAGAGAGAGGAAGUGGUUACGCUUUGCAUCGAGAGAGGCCGCGGAUAUGGCCCUCGUUACCGAAAGGAGUGCCAAGAGUAAGAAGGGGUGGCGUAUAACCAAAGAUGGUACUCUCAUUUAUCCCCUUCGCAUGCGCCCUUCUCGUCCUCUCCCUCGUGCUUCAUCAAUCCCUUCAUCGGAACCAGCUCUAAUUCGCGCUUCCAGUGCUGGAGGUUAUGCUGUUUCCAAGGGCGCUUCGCUGAAGAAACUCUCGUCGCUUAGACGAGCCAGCCAUACGGUUAUCGAUCCCUCGCGAUAUGGAGCGUCACAUAUCAAAUUCCCUGAUGUUACCAUUCCUGCCAACCCCUUAACAGAAGGCGAAUGGGAAUUCAAUGAAGAAGACCACCAGUGGGUACAAAAAAUGGGCGGCAUGAUACUCAGAGCCGAAAAGCUUCCUGUACGAAAGCAAACCGCACAAAAAUUCCCUAUCAUUUCAUCAUCAUCGCCCUCCUCAUUUCCCUCCUCUCCCUCCUCCCUCCCCUUUCCCAGAACUCAGCCCCAGUCUCAGCCCUCUAGGACGAUUGAUGGUACGCCGGCAUCCCAGAUCCCUCCUCGCAAACCGAAAACGCUUGCACGUUCAGACACUCGGCACUUUGAUCCCAUCAGGACUGAGAAAGCCAAGACCUCUGCUCUUGUGCAUUCACUACUGAAGAAGAUGGAAAGUGGUUUUUGAACGGGCCUCGGAUGCAUCAGCAUGUUCGUGUGAUUACCUCGGGGUUCCAAUCUUUUAAGUCUCGCGUGUGGAUCCAUGGCUGAGUAACUGUCACUUUCACGUACAGGGACCACCAAGGGUAGGAAAUCCAAGCGGUAUAUGUUUC